AUGCCCCAGAACGAGUACAUCGAGAGGCACGUCAAGCGGUUCGGCCGCCGACUAGACCAUGAGGAACGACAGCGCAAGCGGAUCGCCCGGCUCGGGCACAAGGCGUCGAAAGAUGCGCAGAAUCUCAGGGGCCUGAAGGCCAAGCUGCACCAGCAGAAGAGGCAUAAGGAGAAGAUCCAGAUGAAGAAGCAGAUCAAGGCGCACGAAGAGAGGAAUGUCAAGGCGGCGGGCGAGAGCGAGCCAUCUGCGCCCGUACCUGCGUAUCUACUUGAUCGUUCGAACCCCGCUUCUGCCAAGGCGUUGAGCAGUGCGAUCAAGAACAAGCGAGCGGAAAAGGCCGCGCGGUUCAGCGUGCCUUUACCCAAGGUUAGGGGUAUUAGUGAGGAGGAGAUGUUCAAGGUGGUGGCGACGGGCAAGAAGACCCACAAGAAGGGUUGGAAGCGAGUCGUUACGCAACCAACUUUCGUCGGACCCGAGUUCACGAGACGUAACCCCAAGUACGAGCGGUUCAUCAGGCCCAUGGGUCUGCGAUACAAGAAGGCCCACGUCACGCACCCCGAGCUCAAGGUCACUGUGCAGCUACCCAUCAUCUCGGUCAAGAAGAACCCCAACAACCCUCUCUACACUCAACUCGGCGUCCUCACGAAGGGUACGGUCAUCGAGGUCAACGUCAGUGAUCUUGGUCUUGUGACGGCGUCGGGUAAGGUUGUGUGGGGUCGGUACGCCCAGAUUACGAACAACCCGUCUAACGACGGUUGUGUGAAUGCGUGA